GCCAGUGGUUAUGAUGUAAUGAAACUGGUUAAAUCAUAAAUGGCGGGAAUUAGCAGUUAUUGCCGAACAGUGGAAGAUGUGCAGACCGUAAUUCAGCAUGCAAAAUUAUUUGAAGGUGAUCUCCAGCCGCUGUCGCAGGUAUUGAGUUUUGUACCAAGGACCGAAGCCCAAGGAAAAUACAGGUUUCUAGAGUUGGACCCAACUCUGCUCAGUAAUUUGCAGCGAGGACAAAGUUUGGUAUUUCGUGGCACCAGAGGUGAGAAUGCAGUUUUGUGUACACAUAAUCGAACAUAUGAUGUGAAGGAGGCAGAGACAUCUAACUCAUUACUUCUCGUGCCUGACCUUAGAUGGCCUGCACAAAAUGUUGAUGAGGCAGGAAGGAUGUUGGAGGAGAAACAGGUACUAGGAGUGUUUCAUAAGUAUUAUGAACUUAGGACUUGUAAACCAAGGCUCCGGAAAGUGCGACAGUUGUUGGAGGAAUGCCUCUAUCGUGGUCCUGAAUAUGAAGAUUAUAUAGCACAAUCUGGAAUUAAGUUAUAUACAUUCCAGGAUCUACUGGAGAAUGUGCAGGCUAGUGAAGAAGAGCUGAGGACAGAACUUAAAGAGAACUUGGCCUGCUGUAUAAAUGGUGCAUGGCGAUUCCUGGAGCAUGAAUACCAUUUUCGUGUACUGUCAUACAUCCUUAACUUUGUGGAUGAGAAUUCCUGGCCUAUUGACAAGAUCAAUAAGACAGAAACAUUGCAGUCUCUGGCUGCCUUAGUACCAAUGGAUGUUCUGGAGCAGUGCUUUUCUUGGUAUGCAGAGGAGACAGUGACAGUUGACAAGGAUGGUGAAACACUGUAUAGAUUGCUAGAGGAAAGAAUUUGUCGUUUCCUAGCUGAAGUUUUGUUGCGUCAAGCAGGGAAGUUUAAUCUGAAAGAUUUCCUUUCAUCAUGGCAGCAAAGUGUGCCUGAAGGGAUGCAGACCACAGAAAAAUAUCUAGAAGGGAUAGCUUUAAUGGACAAGAAUUCUAAACCUGAAGUUAUCUGGUACUUCCCUGAAACGGACUUACCUGAAGAUAUUAGUGAAAGAAUUAGAAUUCUCUUCCAAACACGAGAUAAAUGGACUCUGGAUGAAAUUCGACCAUAUAUUCAGCGGCUUGCCACGGAGAAGUUGAAUGUGAAUGCAUUAUUGACAAAACAUGCCCGGGCAUCUUCUGUUAGUGGUGUAAGAUAUUACAGUGCCAAACAUGCAAAGUAACACCAGUGUUUGUGCUUUCUAGAAUGUGUAAAGUUGUAGUUUUGGUAGAAAGACUGCAUGUCUAGGUGUAUCAUAUUAAAGGAAGCCAUGUAAUAUUGAUAACUGAAAGAGUAAUUGCUUUGAAGUUUUCCCUGAUGAUCAGUUAUGUGAAUAAUGGAAUUGAAACUUCAUCUGUAUUGACUAAGUUGAGAUGAUUUCAUUGCAUUUAGUCACCAUGAAAGCUUAAAGUCUUAAGUAUAAGUAUCUUAAUAUUAUUUUACUUUAGUGAGUAGGUCAGCUUAUUCCAGCUACUUAUCUCUUUCCUGUUGGGCUUAUGAUUUCAUAUUAUCACCUGUCCGGGGUUCUGUAACAGUGGAUUAUGGAUCUGGGGAAGUGGUUUAUUGGAGAAUUAAGCCAGGCAGAACUACAGACAAUUAUCACACACGAUAAUCAUAACUCUUUAACUACAAACAAUGAUACUCUCUAAUGUUCCCUGUAACUAUGCCACACGAAGACAUCUGUUGGUUCUCCUCUUGUUUCUGUUCUGAUCUUGUCUCUCUUAUCUCUGCUCUGGUCUGAUCUGAUCUAGUUAUAUCUGGUAUAAUCUCCCUGAGGUAGGUUCUUGGCUUACCAGAUAGGAGACACUGCCCCAAAGAGUUGUUUCGCGUUUUACAAUGCAACGGUCUCCAGCAUAUUGGUUGCCUCGACAAAUUAACUUGUUCUGGUUUUUCACUUACGUCUUAACAUCUCUUUUAUAUAUACAUUGUCGCUUCAACCUAUUUCAUUGUCACCCAAACAACUCUACUGAACUGUGGAUAUCUAGCCAUUGCCUAACAGUGGGCGCCCGCUUGGACUCAAAUAUUCUGGCAUUUAGGUGGCAUGCCACAAUAUAAUUAAAAUUUGCUCAUCUUUUAUGAAUCCUAUAAUCUUUCAUUCUCUGUAAAUGUAUCCUCUUUCUCUUGUAGUCUUCAAUAUUUUCCUUUCUUGGGGGCUGAUAUGCAAAGAGUAAGAAAUGUUUACCAUGUUAGUUCAUGUAAAAGUAAAAUUUCAGCAUUACGCAUCCACUGCUGUUGUUUGGUUAUAAAGAUUUCUGCCUGGUGUAUGAAGAUACAGCUGGGUAACCAUGCCUUCCAUCUGCACUGGCGAACUGAGCUUUCUUCUGUUUAUACACUAGUAGCCUGUCAGAAUCUAAAGUUGGCUAGCAGUCUGAUGAAUAUACAACUGAAAGUAGUUUCAGUCUCAGCAAGUGAUUAAUUUAGUUCUGUACCUUGGGAAAGUUUCCAUAUAUUCAAAAUAACAAACAUCUCUCUAUAAAUAAUUUUUACUGUUGUUCUUAGUUCAGGAAUUGAUAAAGGAAGGACAUAAUGAUUGAGGGAAAGUGGGCUGUACUCUAAUAAUGCUCUGAUUUGUAUUUGGAAGAUACUUGGUUCUACUUUUGGCUUGGUUCAGAAUGUGCCACUAGAAAUGGCCAGUAAAGUUAGGAGGAACUGGAAAAGGAUAAGAAAUAUCAAUUUCAGUCAAAGCUGAAAAUAAUUUACUGGGGGAAAUGACACAGUACAGAGAGAAAAGAAACCCGUAUGCAUAAACUGUUAAGAUUCUAUUAAGAAGGCUGAGGUAGGAAUAGAUACAGGUAUCCUUGACAACACAAAGUUUUCAUUAAUGCAAUUUCCUGUUAACUUAUUUUAAUUUCAAAUUUUUGAUGAAGAGCAAAAAUUAAUGAAAAUGUUUGUCAAAAACAAAAAGUAUUU